AUGGCUACACCAACUCUAGAUGACCUCGUGGCGGAGUUUCCCCUGCUAGAUCCUACUGUCGUGAUCGCGAUCGCAAGCGAAAUAGAUCUCAAAGAUGCAGGUCAGCUCGCCGAAGUUCGCGGGAUGCUGCAGAGCAUAGCCCAGAAUGUUCUUGUCGAAGAGGCGAGUGGAUUCAAUGCCAGCGGCGUUCCGGACACCAUCAGCUCCGUUGAUGGGGGAGCCGACGCGCGAGACAGCUCAACGGUUUCGGAAGGGCUCCAGCUGCGGGACUCCGAUUCCUCUGGGACCAGACUGACGAGCCCGCCCCCGUCUGAACCGGAUUAUGAUGUCCCACGCAUAGCAUCGUUUGACGGUGACUCGGAUCAGGAAAAACUCUUGCAGCUGCAGGAUAUGUUUUUGGACUUGAGGCCGCAUGAUGUGAGCUUCGCACUCAAGAAAGCCAAGGGCGACUUCCAGGCCGCCCUGGAGACCUUGUUGAACAUUCAGUAUCUCGAGUCCAUCGGCGAAAGGCCAAAGGGAAUCGAUGGCUUCAUGCAUUCAGAGCUGCCUCAGAAGCCUUCUGGGAAAAGGAAAGGCAAAGGAAAGAAACGGAAAGGCCUGCGUACAGAUCUGUCGUCUAGCUCGAGCAGCAUCAAUGAAAUUUCCCCUGUAAACGAUGAAAAUGAGCGAGUUGAGAAGAUUCUCUUUAUCGUAGAGAAGCUCGAUCUGCCAUUCGAUGAGGUCUCGGACGUCUUCGAUGCACGUCAAGGUUCUAUGGAACUCACCAUCAUAGAGUUCCUCGACCGUUUUGUCAAGCAAGGUGUCGGCGCCUGGACUGGCGAAGAUGGGAACCGAAAGCAGUACAUUCAAGACCUGAAGAAGCAAUAUCGGUACAUCCCCGAGCAGUACCUAUCUCCCCUAAAUGAAGUCACACGCAGUGAUCAUCAGUGGACUGAGGAGGUUGCCGCAUUGCUGAAUCGGUACUUCGGCAAGUUGCCUGCCAAACGCCUGGAUAUCAACUACAAGCUCGUGCCUCUCGCAAGCGAAGAGUUGGAGGGAUCGUCUGAUGGCUGGCAAAAGGUGGCCUCGCCAAAGAUGUCACUCAUGUCGCCGACGGGGCGCCCUCUCAGUAGCCCGAUUCUCCUUACCAAUCCUCUGUCUGCACCCCGCACUUACCAGCAGGCCAUGGACACAGCUGGUGUCUACCGUGAGGCCAGCAACCACUCUUACACCACCGCUGGCCAAGUGUACAAAAAGGGACAUUUGUACAGACAGGCAGCAGGAUAUUAUGCAGAUCGGGGACGUGAGGAGGCACGCAGCUUCGCCAAGGCAAAGAGUGUUGCGGCCGAUAUACACGUGUCCAGCACCAGUUCGGGAAACGCAAUCGAUCUCCACGGCGUUGAGGUCGCGGACGGCGUCAGAAUUACUCGCGAGCGCGUCUGGGACUGGUGGAAUGGCCUGGGCGAGUACCGAGCAAGGAAAGCGGUUGAAGGCUUCACGAUUGUGACAGGCCGUGGCCUCCAUAGCGCUGGAGGCGUAUCGCGACUGAGACAGGGUGUUAUUGCCGCCCUCGUCAACGACGGGUGGAAAGUAUCGAUCGAAACUGGGAGUUAUCGUGUGACAGGCCGACGGUAA